GUCAUAUUUUCGAAGUCAUGUGUAAAAUUUUUUUAGAUGUAAAUCUCAAUCAAUUUAAAAGACCAUCAAAAUUAAAUGACUAAACUCUGAUUUCAAAAUUAAAUUUGGCAUACUUUUCAAAGUAAGUCUAAUGUCGAAAAAAAUGGACAACUCUUUCCUACAAACGAGAAGAUUAUUCGGUUCGAAGGAAGGCGAUGAAAAUCCCACAGAUCUCACCAUGAUUAUAAGAGAACCCCAACUUGACAUGGAGGAACGAUUGGAUAUAUUAUUCUCAACGAUGAAAACGGCUAACAAGGACAUACUAGUACAAGAAAUGUCUGAAAUACUGAAAUUGAUAACUGCCAAAGUAAAAGAUCUGGAAAUUGUAUCCGAAGAGAGAUACAGAAAAUCAAUGCAGCAACAAACCGGCGACUUUAAUAAAUUUUACGAGACAGAAGAGAACUUUUUCAAGAACAUGGAACUUUGCAAGAGGAUGUUCAACCUCUUUUUAAAAAGUCUCGAGAGGUAUUGGCCAAAUCCCAACUUGAAGAAAAUACUACACUCCAAUGAUUUAUAUAAACGUAUAGAACAAUUCGCUAUAUACACAAAAGGAAAACACUACUCCGAACAACAAAAAGAGCUGAUUUUUUGCUUAGAACAAAUUAUGAUCAGGUUUGCAGGACUGUGUGAAGCAGAAAAGAUAAAACAUAAUCUUCCUGUUCCUGAAAUCGAAAAAACAGGAGGAUAUAACACACCACCAGAACUACCUCCUCCAUCAUCAGCAAUUACUGGAAUGAAACCAAAAAAAGCAGAGCAUAUACUAAGGAAUACGAUAUUGAAACCGGAAUCGGAAAAGGAAAAAAUAUUUGCUAAAGAAAAUGAACAAGAUUUUGAACCCAUUGUAGAUGAUAAAACUUCGAAGAUUGACGAUGAUGAAUUAUUUAAGAAUAUAGAAAAACCUACAGCAUUUGUUGAAGUAUACUGCAAAAUCAAUGGGUUAAAACCACAGUACAGUGACUUAGGAGUUCUGAAGACAACAUGGAUAAGUGAACACAUAUAUACUUGCAAAGUACUAAAAUACGCAGGAGAAGGACGUGGGAAAAAAAGAGUCAUUGCAAAACAACGUGCUGCUGCGAAUUUAAUUAAAACUGUUAUAAUGAGGCAAAAAAGAGGGAAGUUAGCCCCAGAGUUGAAACCCUUAAACUUUGACCAACUAGAGCGAGCAGUAAUGUUGAUGAGUGAAUAUCUGCCAUUUGAUGAAGAGUUAGAAUCAUUGUCUAAAGAGGAAUACCAAAGGUCUCCAAUUUACACACCCUUGUUAAACACUACUGGAAACCAUAUUCGAUGUAAAGCUCUUGGUCUAAAUGCUGUGGGAUAUGGAAAAAACAAAGACAUUGCUAAAAGGAUGUCAGCAAAGCUUAUUUUAGAUAAAUAUCAAGAAAUUAAAGAACAAAAAAAAAGGAUCAAAAACUGAAAACUGCAAAUAAAACUGCUUGAAAAUAAAAGUUAUUUUUGAACUUCUUAAAACUUAAGAAUAAUAUAAUUAAAAUUAAAAUAAGUUAAGAUAUAGUUAAUAGAUUUGGAAAAAAAAAAAAAGUAAAUAGAUAAUUUAAGGUAGUAGAAGCUAAGCAUAGAAUGCCAUAUAUUCACCUACUUCCUGAAUUGACAUUUAUUACAUAGUAGGCUCUUUAGAAAAGGGCGGCAACCUCUAGCUGUGAGUUAGAUAUAGUGUCUUUU